AUGGCUCCAACAACCGACUUCAGCGGCAAAGUCCUAUUCCAAGCCUCACCAGGAAAGUACGAUGCAAGCAAGCUCGCCGGCAAGAGCGUGAUCAUCACCGGAGCAACGACAGGUCUCGGCGAGGCCUUCAUGCGCGCGUAUGUCAAACACGGCGCCUUCGUGACCUUCGCCGCGAGAUCUGCCGAGAAGGGCAACGCCUUGGUCUCCGAACUGGGCUUCGACAAAGUCCAGUUCGUCCCCUGCGACGUCUUGAAGUGGGCGGAUCAGCUGCAUCUGUUCAAGACCGCGCUGGAGAAAUCGCCUUCCAAGACCAUCGAUAUCGUCAUCGCCAAUGCCGGCAAGGCGGGACAUGAUGUCCUCAUCGACGACAAGCUCACGGAGAGUGGCGACCCUGCUGAGCCCAGCCUGGCUAUAUUGAAUGUGGACUUGAUCGGUGCGACGUACACGGCGAAGCUGGCGCUGCACUACCUGGCCAAACAACCCCAGGGUAGGGACCGCUGCCUGAUUUUGACGUCGAGCAUUGCGGGAUAUUUGGACAAGCCGGGGUCGCCGCAGUACAAUGCUGCUAAGUUUGGGGUUAGGGGCCUGUUUAGGUCUUUGAGGACGACCAUGCCGAAGGACAAUAUGCGUGUUAACCUUUUGGCUCCUUGGUUCAUUCCCGCCGCGAUCAACCCACCCGAGUUCUACCAACAUUUCAAAGACGUUGGCGUCGACCUCGCCGAUAUCCGAGACGCCGCCACGGCGGUCAUGCAAUUGUCUUCUGACACAAAUCUGAACGGUCGGGCAGUCUGUGUCAUUCCCAAGGCGUGGGGAGGGGCGGGCUACAUGGAUAUACAACAGGACGAUCAUCCGCCCGAGGAUCCGAUGAGUCGCUGGCAGGACUUGAUCUGGAAGAUAUAG